AUGUCGGCGACACCGCUGCCUCCAGUUGACCAUCCGGUAUCAACAGCCCUUUCGUCCGACUCAUUCCACUUGCUUUCGACGGCCGAACAAGCUGGUGCUGCUGAGGAUGCUUUGUUCGAGAAACAGAUCAAGGAUGUAGAAGCCUGGUGGCAGAGUCCUCGAUAUGAAGGCAUCAAACGCCCGUACAGCGCCGCCGAUGUUGUCAGCAAGCGCGGAUCGCUCCAGCAGGUCUAUCCUAGCUCGAUUAUGGCACGGAAGCUUUUCAAUCUUCUCAAUAAACGAGCUGCUGAAGACGAGCCAGUUCACACGAUGGGUGCCAUCGACCCCGUGCAGAUGACCCAACAGGCUCCAAACCAGGAAGUUUUGUAUCUUUCAGGAUGGGCAUGCUCGUCCUUGUUGACCAGCACCAACGAAGUCUCCCCUGACUUUGGCGACUAUCCCUACAACACCGUGCCCAAUCAAGUGGAACGAUUAUUCAAGGCCCAACAACUCCACGACCGCAAACACUGGGAUACCCGGCGCAAACUUACCCCCGAGCAGAGACAAAAAACAGAAUACAUUGAUUACCUGCGGCCCAUAAUUGCCGACGGAGACAUGGGCCAUGGAGGUCUCACCUCGGUGAUGAAGCUUGCUAAGCUUUUUGCUGAAAAGGGUGCGGCCGCUGUCCACUUUGAAGAUCAAAUGCAUGGCGGAAAGAAGUGUGGCCAUUUGGCCGGCAAAGUCCUUGUCCCAGUCGGCGAGCACGUCAACCGACUGGUAGCUGCUCGCUUCCAAUGGGAUUUGAUGGGCUCCGAGAACUUGGUGAUUGCGCGCUCCGAUGCGGAGAGCGGAAAACUGCUUAGCAGCGCCAUUGAUGUUCGCGACCACGAAUUUAUCCUUGGUGUCACCGAAGAAGGGGAAUCGCUGGCCGAAACCCUUCAAGCAAUGGAACGUGAUGGGGCCCCAGGAGCGGAGAUCGAUGCAUUUGAAAGCAAAUGGGUCAAGGGCCACAAGCUUGUCACGCUUGACGAAGCCGUCUAUUCCCAUCUACAACAAGAAGGGGCAUCUGAGGAUGCGAUCAACAAAUAUAAAUCCAGGGUGACCGAGAACCCCGAUUUAUCUCUGACGCAGCGCCGUGCUUUCGCCAAUACCUUGACCAAUAAACCCGUCGUCUGGUCUAGCGACAUUCCUCGUACCCGCGAGGGCUUCUAUCAUUAUAAAGCCGGGUUCCCUGCAGCCACCAAGAGAGCCAAAGAAUUUGCUCCUUAUGCUGAUCUCCUCUGGGUUGAGACCGGUGACCCUAACGUCGAGAACGCUGCCCAGCUUGCUGCCGAUGUCCAUCAAGUCCACCCCGACAAGAAGUUUGUGUACAACCUCAGCCCGUCAUUCAACUGGAUGGCCCAAGGCUUCACUGAAGCGUCAUUGAAAUCCUUUAUCUGGGAUCUUGCCAAGCACAAAUUUGUCCUUCAGCUGAUCUCCCUCGCCGGGUUGCACUCGAAUGCCACGCUGACCACCGAACUCUCCCGCGCUUUCAAGGAUGAAGGCAUGCUCGCCUAUGUGCGGCUCGUCCAGUCGCGUGAAAAGGAGCUGGGAGUCGACGUCCUUACCCACCAAAAAUGGAGCGGAGCCCCGUAUAUGGAUGGCAUCCUCGGAGCUAUUCAGAGCGGAAGCAGUGGAAGCAAGAGUAUGGGAGAGGGAAACACUGAGAAAGGUUUCUAA